AUGCCAAGCCAGUUAGCAAGUAUCUUAUUCAACAGCUUCAAAUCCCUAAUAUACGCCCCGGAGAAUGCGGGCCUAGCUCAAGGCUCGCCACUGUCACUGAUUCUGUUCAUUUUCUUUAACUCAAACCUAGUGAACCAAUCAGCAGGCUUCCACAAAGGCGCAUCCGCGUUCAUUAACAAAUACUUCUACUGGCGCGCAGGGAAAUCUGCCCCUCUCCCACCCCAUCUCUCGCAAAAAGUCCACACCUUUCAUGUCGACCUUACAGACGGCGGCCAAGUGCACAGCGCCCUAACCUCCCGCUUCCAGCUAACCUCCCCUUACCACUCCCCGCUAAAUGAGAUCGCCGACGCGGUCAUCCACCUCGCCGGCAUCCCGCGCAACAUGAUUGUGCCUGACGUGGAGACAUUCCGGGUGAACACGCAAGCGGGCUAUAAUGUUAUUGAAGCAGCAUGCCGACUGGGUGUGAAGAAAAUUAUUAUCACGAGUACUGUGUGUGUUGACGGACCACCGUACGCAGAGGGUAUUAUGGAGUGGCCGUCAUUUCCAGUUGACGAAGAAGCUGCUACAAAUCCAAUGGAUACGUAUGCCAUCUCCAAGCUCUGUGUGGAGGAGACGGCGCGGGGCUUUGCAAGGCGAUUUUUACAGGCGGGGGUUGAUAUCUAUGUGUUACGGCAGGCGGCUGUGAUUGCGCCGGAUGAGUACGAACAAUACCUUCUGCAUUGGAAGGAGGACCCGGCCGAAUUGAAGGCGGUUGGAUGGAGUUAUACUGACGCCCGCGACUUUGGGCAGAUGUGCCAUCUUGCAGUAUUGCGGGAUGGACUGGGGUAUCAGGUUGUCAACGCGACAAAUGACGAGAUCACAGUUGAGACGGAGACAACUGAAGGGUUCUUAAAGAGAAACGCCCUGGAGGUGGUAUUUACCAGAGAGAUGGAGGGACGAGAGGCACCAUUGACAAAUCGGAAGAUGAAGGAGAUGCUGCGCUUUCAACAGGAUCGUUCAUGGCAGAAAUACUUUGCUUAUAGUUGA